UGGGCAGGCCAUCAAGAGAGCGUCUCUUUUACUGCUAACCAAUGACUCAUCAGCUGGUCUGGGAUAAAUUUACCCAGGGAAUCUAUCUGUCUAUCUAUAUAUAUAAAACAACCAUAACGCCGAAGAAACGCCUGCGCGGGAAUCCUGCUCUCUGAUAGUUAUCCAAGACAAAGUAGUUUUGUUUUCAUAGUUAAUAAUGGCAGUGCCAGCAGCAUUACAGCUGAGCUCACCACCCAGCCUGGAGAAAAACAGCCACAUCAACGACAGAGAUUUAGGAAGGAUUUCACAGAACUGUGAAAAUGACAUUCUGCCUUUACAUUCGCCCUGGACCUUCUGGCUUGAUAGAUCUCUACCAGGAACAACAGCAGCUGAGUGCGAGUCAAACCUGAAGAAAAUCUACACAGUGGAGACCGUACAGAACUUUUGGCGAGUUUACAACAACAUACCAAGUGUCUCCAGCUUGCCCUUAAGAUGUAGCUAUCAUCUGAUGAGGGGAGAAAGGAAGCCGCUGUGGGAAGAAGAAAGCAACGCUAAAGGUGGUGUUUGGAAAAUGAAAGUACCCAAAGAGUGUACUUCUUCUGUGUGGAAGGAGCUGCUAUUAGCCACUAUUGGAGAACAGUUCAGUGAUUAUUGUGCCUCAGAGGAUGAAGUAGUCGGGGUCAGCAUCAGUGUAAGGGACAGAGAAGACAUCGUUCAGGUCUGGAAUGGGAACGCUUCCUGCGCCGAAGGGUCAAAGGUCUUGGAAAAGAUUUAUGAGCUCCUCCCUCAGACACCUUUUAAAGCUGUCUUUUAUAAACCACACAAGGAGCACCAUGCUUUUGAAGGAGGCCGAACAAGACACUAAAUAUUUUGCACAUUAGAUGUUUUAAGCUUUGCAACAAUCUUCUGUCCUCGCAGAGUUAUCAAAGAUCACUCAGGAAGAUUAGAAGUUGCUCUUGAUUACCUCGAUUUAGCUCAAGUUUGUUUUUUCAAUCAAUAGAACUUCUUUUUAGCUGAACAUCACAGACCUUCAAAAAAAAUACGGCAAAUACAUUUCAAUAGACAAUAGACUACAAUUUCAUUUUCUCUUUGAAUGUUUUUCUAUGUCAUUUUUUUGUACUGUAAAGUUUUAUAAAAUAUAAAACAAAUCAGUCAUUGUUUGAUACUAUUUAACAUGCAAUGUGCCAUUCACUGAGCUUAGAUCUUUUUAAUGCAAUCACAGGAACUGCCGAGUUGCAUUAAACAAAUAAACUAGUGAUACAGCUUCAUAUUAAUACGUUUAUAUUUUCUAAAUAGUCUCUACAUACCUUUGUGUACCAUGAAGCAUUUUAUUUGGUUUGAUACUGCUCGUUGUUUUUUUUUUUUCAAAUCUUAAUUUCGUAGGAUAUUUGUGAUAGGAGUGUGCCGUUAUUAUAGUAAAAUAAACUUAAUGCACAAAACACCUUGAUUAAAUCCUGUGAAAUAUGUGCAGUUAACUUUAAUCUGUUGUGGUUUCACGUUUGCUCUAAAUCACGCACCUUAUAUAAUUUUUUUGUGUGGAAGACAUCCAACUGUCCUAGGAUUAUGUGGUGGCGUGAUACUGGAGAUCAAAUGCACUUUAGUUUUGUGUCACUUUUUGAUAAAAAGGUAAAGUCUCUCUCUUUG